GCCGGGAAGCCAGCGAGGUCGGUUCCGCCCGACUCUAACAUGGCGGCGCCCUUUGUCUGCUCUGAAGUGCCGUCCCCGGCCUUCUCGCGGCCGUGAUGCCCCUCCCUCUACGGUGGGGUCCGGGACAUGGCAGCCAUGGAUUUUCCCCAGCACAGCCGGCACGUCCUGGAGCAGCUGAACCAGCAGCGGCAGCUGGGACUGUUGUGUGACUGCACGUUUGUGGUGGACGGGGUUGACUUCAAAGCCCAUAAGGCAGUUCUGGCGGCCUGCAGCGAGUACUUCAGGAUGCUCUUCGUGGACCAGAAGGAUGUGGUGCACCUGGACAUCAGUAACGCGGCAGGCCUGGGGCAGGUGCUGGAGUUCAUGUACACGGCCAAGCUGAGCCUGAGCUCCGAGAACGUGGACGAUGUGCUGGCCGUGGCCAGCUUCCUGCAAAUGCAGGACAUCAUCACGGCCUGCCAUGCCCUCAAGUCACUGGCUGAGCCGGCCGCCAGCCCUGGGGAGAAUACGGUGGCCUCGGCCACGGAAGGAGGAGACAAGAGAGCCAAAGAGGAGAAGGUGGCUGCCCCCACGCUGGGUGAGCUGGACCCUGGCGGCAGCGGUCCGCCCACAGGCCCAGGCCGGGAGCCCAAAGAGGAGCGGGGCGGCCAGGCCGAGAGCACGGCCAGCGGGGCCGAGCAGACGGAGAAGGCUGAUGCCCCCCGGGAGCCACCCCCCGUGGAGCCCAAGCCCGACCCCACGAGCAGCAUGGCCGCUGCCGAGGCCGAGGCCGCCUUGUCAGAGAGCUCCGAGCAAGAAAUGGAGGUGGAGCCGGCCAGGAAAGGAGAGGAGCGGGACGAGGAGGGCGCGGCGGAGGUCAAGGAAGAGGGGCCGCCGCUGGAGAAGGGGGAGGCCCCCGAGGAGAGCGAGGAGUCGGCCAGCACGGACUCCGGCCACGAGCUGGGCGCCGAGGCCCGGGGCCUGCGCUCGGGCACCUACGGCGACCGCACGGAGUCCAAGGCCUACGGCUCGGUCAUCCACAAGUGCGAGGACUGCGGGAAGGAGUUCACGCACACCGGCAACUUCAAGCGGCACAUCCGCAUCCACACGGGCGAGAAGCCCUUCUCGUGCCGCGAGUGCAGCAAGGCCUUCUCGGACCCGGCUGCGUGCAAGGCCCACGAGAAGACUCACAGCCCGCUGAAGCCGUACGGCUGCGAGGAGUGCGGCAAGAGCUACCGGCUCAUCAGCCUGCUGAACCUGCACAAGAAGCGGCACUCGGGCGAGGCGCGCUACCGCUGCGAGGACUGCGGGAAGCUCUUCACCACGUCGGGCAACCUGAAGCGCCACCAGCUGGUGCACAGCGGCGAGAAGCCCUACCAGUGCGAGUACUGCGGGCGCUCCUUCUCCGACCCCACGUCCAAGAUGCGCCACCUGGAGACCCACGACACCGACAAGGAGCACAAGUGCCCCCACUGCGACAAGAAGUUCAACCAGGUGGGGAAUCUGAAGGCCCACCUGAAGAUCCACAUCGCCGACGGGCCCCUGAAGUGCAGGGAGUGUGGCAAGCAGUUCACCACCUCAGGGAACCUCAAGCGGCACCUCCGGAUCCACAGCGGGGAGAAGCCGUACGUGUGCGUCCACUGCCAGCGGCAGUUCGCCGACCCCGGCGCCCUGCAGCGGCACGUGCGCAUCCACACUGGCGAGAAGCCGUGCCAGUGCGUGAUGUGCGGCAAGGCCUUCACCCAGGCCAGCUCCCUGAUCGCGCACGUGCGCCAGCACACCGGGGAGAAGCCCUACGUCUGCGAGCGCUGCGGCAAGAGAUUCGUCCAGUCCAGCCAGCUGGCCAAUCACAUUCGCCACCACGACAACAUUCGUCCUCACAAGUGCAGCGUGUGCAGCAAGGCCUUCGUGAACGUGGGGGACCUGUCCAAGCACAUCAUCAUCCACACCGGAGAGAAGCCUUACCUGUGUGACAAGUGCGGUCGCGGCUUCAACCGGGUGGACAACCUGCGUUCCCACGUGAAGACUGUGCACCAGGGCAAGGCGGGCAUCAAAAUCCUGGAGCCCGAGGAGGGGAGUGAGGUCAGCGUGGUCACCGUGGAUGACAUGGUCACGCUGGCCACCGAGGCACUGGCGGCAACGGCCGUCACUCAGCUCACAGUGGUACCAGUGGGGGCCGCGGUGACCGCCGACGAGACGGAAGUACUUAAGGCCGAGAUCAGCAAAGCCGUGAAGCAAGUCCAGGAGGAAGACCCCAACACCCACAUCCUCUACGCCUGUGACUCCUGUGGGGACAAGUUCCUGGACGCGAACAGCCUCGCGCAGCACGUGCGGAUCCACACGGCCCAGGCACUGGUCAUGUUCCAGACGGACGCGGACUUCUACCAGCAGUACGGGCCGGGCAGCGCGUGGCCGGCCGGGCAGCUUCAGGACCUGCGCUCCCCUCUCCGCCGUGGAGCACAGCUGUGACCCUGCUCCCCCUCUGCCCAGUUGGGUUGGCUUACCAGGAUCCAGGCACCCCAGAGAGAGCCCAGCUCAGAAGCCCGUUCAGCCAGAGCGGCAAGGUAGGCAGAGAGCCAGGCCCAGCGGGCCACGGGCCCAGCUCUGUUGGGCUUGGGGAAGCAGGAGGGCUCCCCCCUCACUUCACAGGAUCAAGGCCGAGCCAGUGCCCCACUCUUUCGGGAACAUUUAUUUGCCCUCAACCGAUGGAGUCUACGACCAGGCUGAGGGUCAGAAACGCGUGGCCAGGGGCUUUGAUGGGGGGAGGUGGGGGACACGGCCAGCAGGGGCCGUAGAACAGCUCAUCCUUACCCUCCUCAGGAGGGAGAGCGGAUGCCGUCCCUGCCCCUCUACAGUUUGCUCCGAGCAGUUGUAAUCCCUCCCUCAGAGAUGGCGCCACCUCCUCACUCCGAGAGCCCCGUGAUUCUCUCAAGUGAGACCAUCAACUCUGUGGUCCUGUCCCCACACCCCGCCUCCCCAGCUUCUAGUGGGUCCAGCUGCAGGGGGAGCCGGGCCCAGUCGCCCCACCCUCCUUGCUGGCGCCGGGGCAGGCCUGAAGGAGGAAGGGGCGAGAGACGAGACACCAAAGUUUGCCUACGAGGUUUCAGUUUGCCUGGUGGGUGGUUCCCCCGGCCCCCUCCUCACCCCCCCCCCAAUCCAAC